CACAAAACUGAAAACUUAGUUUAAAAAGAAAGAAAAACCAACCCGACCCCCAAUCUUACUGCCCUCCGUUGCGACAACAGAACCCCCCACCAAGCCCGAAGAAUGACGAACGAAGCCGCAGCCACCACCCAGAAUGAUUUUGCCGGGCAGAAGUUGCAGGAACUUUAUUCGAACUAUGCUGAUGACGCCUGCGAUAGCUUGUUGGCUUUGCGCGCUGUGACUCUUGCGAGCCGAAGUGACGAAUCGCCCAAAGUGUUGGAUACCGAAGAUAGAAAAGUAUGGCACCACCUGAUGGCUAAGAAGGAUUCAUUCAUUAAUGGCGUUCAAACCUUUGCGGCGGAAACCAAAGCGAAACUGGAAAUUGUCGAGGACAGGCUCAAUGAUCCCAAAAACUACCCCAGUCUCAAGGACUGCUAUGGUGGCUUCGAGAGCGACGAGACGAUGAAGCUUGCCAAAAAAAUGCAAGAGGAGUGCAUGGAUCUUCAGUCUGAAUUGAAAGGGUUUCGAGCCCACAUCAUUGAGAAAUAUGGUGACGGCAGAGCCAAAACAAUUGCAGCGUUUUGUGGUGCGGUCUUGGCUUGUAUCGGCUUCAUUGCCGCCAUUGCACUUCACUUGCACCCUGCCGUACUUGUCGCCGAAGCAGCAAUCAUUAUAGGUUGUUUGGUGGGUGCUGGCGUAUUCGGCUUGGGUGCUGUCGGGAUUGCCUUGACACGUACUGAUAUCAAAAGAGCCAACAAGUUUCUUGCGAAUAUCGAGAGUCGCCUCAACACUAUUCGCGGGCUUUUGAUCAAGGUAAGGGCGGACACAAAGGUGCUAAGUGCAGUUGAGGCCCAGCACUGCAGAGCGAAUAUUCGUCGUAUCAUUGAGAAUUGUGGUUCAUUGGAAGGUGCUUGUCAGCAGGCCCUCGAGCCCUACCAUAAUGCAACCAAGUGUGUGCUCAUGUAACAAGCCUGGGCUAUCAGCGAAUAGGUGCCUUGUUUUUGUCUGAUACGAAUUUCGCUGUGAAGACGCAAUGAGUGCUGCUAUCGACCAAAGGGAAGACAGAGAUGAUACGGAGAAAGUGAAUCGGUGUAGUUGCGACUUCAAGCCAAGAAAACAGAAUACGUGUCACGGCCAUAAAUCCACAUCCUUGUCUCUCCAAACCGUACCGUGCCGGUAUCUCUUCAGCCAGAACACCCUCUAAAGCAAGUUAUUUGAUGUAUAUUUGUAGUCUACCGGAUAAGCCAAUGAACCAGCUA